AUGAACCUAAAGCUCUUCUUCUUUUGCCUCUUCUUAGCCGUGCUCCUCAUACCUGCUGAACUGAAACCUAAAAAAGAUAGUAGUAGUCAAGAUCCUAGUCAUCAUGAUCAUGAGCAUCAGGGACCCAGGAAACAUAAACAUGGAAAACAUGAGAAAAGGAUAACAAGAUUUAAGCACAUCAUUGAAGACGUCUUCUUUGACAUCACAGACAUAGGUGAUGAUGACGACGACGAUGAUGAUUACUCCGAAUGGCUUUUUAAACUUCAAGACCCAGAUGGCCAAUGCGUCCCAAACCCUUGCGAGAACAAUGGAGUGUGUGAGGAGAAAGGCAAGAGAAGAUUCAAGUGUGACUGUCCCGCACCUUUCAGGGGAAAGAGAUGCCAGAGAGGUCCAAAAGUUUGUAGGAGAGGAACAUGUGGCCGGGGUGAGUGUGUGCUGACCUCGACGCCCCCGUACUAUGAGUGCAAAUGCAAGCUGCCCUUCCAGCCUCCACACUGCACAAGUUAUACACUGUGUGAGCCUAAUCCAUGUAUGAAUGGUGGACAAUGCGUCAAGGAUGGUAAUGACUUUGACUGCGUGUGCCCUCAAGGGUACAGAGGACGUUUCUGCCAUGUUGGCCCAAAUGACUGCUUUGUGGAUGAUGGAGAGUUAUAUCGUGGCAAUGCGAGUGAGACAGAUGAUGGCGAUGAAUGCCUCCACUGGAACUCACACUUCAUCCUGGAGAAAGGACUUGAUCCCUUUAACUCCUUUGAGGACACAGAUGGACUUGGCCGUCACAACCGCUGCAGGAACCCAGACGGAGACUUGAUGCCCUGGUGUUUCUACAGAAGAGGCCGUAGGCUGCGGUGGGACUUCUGUGACGUGGUAAAGUGUUCUACAUCAACAGGUGUGGCACCAACAGCUGUCCCCUCAGCCCCUGCACCCACUGCCCGACCUACAAAACCUGAACCUACAACAACCCCAAAGCCAAUGACUACCAAACCUCCCCCAACUCAGGCGCCCACCCAGGCUCCAAAACCUACUCAAGCUGCCUCCACUCUGCCGCAACUGUUCUCCAGCUGUGGGCAGCCUCAGCCAAAGAAGGUCAUUACCCGGAUAUUUGGGGGUUUGAAGGUCCCUCCUGGAGCUGUACCCUGGCAGGUGUCCUUGCAAAUGAGACGCAGGGGCUCCAACCAGCCGUACAGACACAUCUGUGGAGGUGUUCUCAUCGACAGCUGCUGGGUACUGACAGCUGGACACUGCAUUGACCAAAGUAAGGAAAUGCAGGUGGUUAUGGGGGGCCUGUCUCUGGAUUCGGAUGAACCGACAAAGCAAACCAUACAAGUUGAACAGGCUACGAGGCAUGAGAACUACAGGGAGACUUCUUCAGCUGUUUACAACGACAUAGCCUUGUUGAGGCUGAAAGCUACUAAUGGAAUCUGUGCCAAUGAGACCCAGUUUGUGAAGGCAGCCUGUCUACCUGAUGUCCAACUGCCUGAUGGGAUAGAGUGUACCAUUUCUGGAUGGGGUGCCACUGAGGAAUCUGUGUUUGGUUCCAACCACCUGCUGGAGGCAAAUGUACUACUGAUCAACUCGGAGAAGUGCUCUGAACCCAAAAUUUAUGGCAGUGUCCUGGAUAGGGGUAUGUUCUGUGCUGGCUACCUGCAAGGAGGUGUGGAUUCCUGCCAGGGUGACUCUGGAGGACCACUGACUUGUAAGCAGCACACAAGCCAUGUUAUUUAUGGUCUGGUGAGCUGGGGAGACCAAUGUGGAAGGAAGAACAAGCCUGGGGUCUACUCCCGGGUCACUCACUACCUGGACUGGAUUAAGUCAAAGACUCGGGCAUCUUCAUAAGCAGCCUCUGUUACUCAGCAACAUGCCAGCCAGUGUAGUCAUUGUCACAAAAAACCCCUGAAAUCUUCUGUACAUCUAAAUGUCAUAUUUCUUUGGUUUUCCCUAAAAUUUUAUUCUGA